AUGUUCUCCGCUUCAAAGGAUUCAUCGGCCUUAGGCCGAGGUGCUGCUCAGGCCUCAGCUAGCAGUAAUGACUACCGUGUUGUGCUUCCCCGCCUGCCUUCCGGUAAGCUGGUCGUCAACUCCGUUUUUCUACAUGCAGACUUAGCUGGUCGCCCAUACCGGGCUCAGGACUUCAGAGACGCCCUUCGGGAUGUCAUCGACAUAAAGGAAAUCAGUUCUAUAGGCCAGUUUCAAAUGUCACACGUGUGGAUGGUGACGUGCAAGUCAACGCUAACAAAAACAAAGCUUGUGACACGUAGUGAACUCUUCGUAAAAAGCCGGCGAUGCCUUGUAAUCGACCCGGAACCCACAGAAGUGAAGAUGAAGCUUCUAUGGCUUCCCGAACAUUUGGAGGAUGCCUACAUUCGAGAGGCGCUACAGGCUUUCGGGAAAGUCAGGACAAUAACAAUGGAAAACUGGAAAGUGGCAGACAUGGAAGAAAUGCGGACUCUUAAUCGUGAUGUGGUAUUGUCCCUUGCCGAUGGAGUUCGAGUGGGUGACAUUCCACACCUUCUUACUGUCUGUGGAGUUCAGAGCCUCAUACUGAUUCCUGGUCGCCCGCCACUUUGUCUACGUUGUAACAAGGUUGGACACAUCCGUCGCAACUGCAGAACUCCCCGCUGCGAUGACUGUCGACGCUUCGGUCAUGCCACCGAGGACUGCGUGGUGACGUACGCUAACAAAUUACGGCAACGCACGGAGCAACAAGAGGAUAGCUUACAAGAACAUAUUAUGGAUGCCACGGAGGUUUUGGAUGCGACAGGCGACUCUCCGGCUACAACCGAUGCGGAUGGAUUGAGCAAAAUGCCCCCUGAAGUCACGCGAAAAUUGCGCCCUGAUACGGCUGCGGGAAGGGCCACGUGCGAACAAGAGACCCAUCCAAACAGCAGCCCAAAGGUAACGUUGAGCAACCUGAGGCAAAGGAGGUAG